GUUCGCUCGUGCGCUGAUGCUUCAGCGUUAACGGUUUAUUUUAGCUUCUGUCUUUUCCCCCACUCCCUUUACGUUUCUCCGCCACAGACUUUUUUGUUUUUAUUCGGGAGUAUGAGCUAGCCUUCCCGUCAGCUGAGUUUGGAUAUUAGUGUCCGUUUCCCCCCCUCCCGCUUGCCGCUUCUUCGCUCUCUUCACUGUAUCUGAUGCCUCUUGUUUCCUCCAGUAACCCAUGUCUAUGUGCAUCCCGCCUCCCUGCGCUCUCAAUAUAUGGUGCAAGUCAAAAUGUCCAAAUCGCCCGUAGACCCUCUGUCUGCCGUGGAAACCGGCUCCCAGUCGCACUAUUUCCAGCUGCCCAGGAAGUUGCCUAAGCGGAAGAGCCGCUUCAAACGCUCAGAUGGCAGCACAUCCUCCGACACUACGUCCAGCUUCAUCAAACGACAGGGGUCAGCUGAUUCGUACACCAGUAGACCAUCUGAUUCAGACCUGUCAGCAGAGGAGGACCGCGAGGCGUAUCGGCGUGAAGCCGAGCGCCAGGCACAACAGCAGCUCGACAGAGCUAAGUCCAAACCUGUAGCGUUUGCAGUAAAGACGAAUGUGAGUUACUGUGGAGCUCUGGAUGAGGACUGUCCAGUCCAAGGAGCUGCAGUCAACUUCGAUGCCAAAGACUUCCUGCACAUCAAAGAAAAGUACAAUAAUGACUGGUGGAUCGGCCGGCUAGUAAAAGAAGGAGCAGACAUCACCUUCAUCCCCAGCCCUCUACGACUGGAGGCAAUGCGACUGAAACAGGAGCAGAAACAGAGGAAAACAGGAGGUAACUCCUCAAGUUUAGGAGACAUGGUGACAGGGAGCUGGAGGACGACGCCGCCAUCUGCAGGUGAAUCUAAACAGAAGCAAAAACAGGAACAUGUCCCUCCCUAUGAUGUGGUGCCCUCUAUGAGGCCGGUGGUUCUCGUGGGACCAUCGCUGAAGGGCUAUGAGGUGACAGAUAUGAUGCAGAAAGCUCUCUUUGACUUCCUGAAACACAGAUUUGAGGGAAGAAUUUCAAUCACCCGUGUAACUGCCGACCUGUCCUUAGCCAAGAGAUCUGUCCUUAACAAAAGACCCAUAAUGGAGAGAUCCAACACUCGCUCGAGCUUAGCUGAGGUUCAGAGUGAGAUUGAAAGGAUAUUUGAACUCGCCAAAACCCUGCAACUGGUUGUUCUGGACGCAGACACCAUCAACCAUCCCGCACAGCUCGCCAAAACCUCCCUUGCACCCAUCAUUGUCUAUGUUAAAGUUUCCUCACCAAAGGUGCUCCAGAGGCUGAUCAAAUCCAGGGGGAAGUCUCAGAGCAAGCACCUGAAUGUGCAGAUGAUGGCUGCAGACAAACUCUCUCAGUGCCCCCCUGAUAUGUUUGAUGUCAUUUUGGAUGAGAACCAGUUGGAAGAUGCUUGUGAGCAUUUGGCUGAAUACUUGGAGGUUUACUGGCGUGCCACUCACCUCCCAGGAAACACCCCUCUUAAUCCACUAUUGGAACAGAGCCUCAUGACCCCGCCUUCUGCCAUCUCUAGCCUACAGAACAAGAACCAGCCGCAGCCUUGUGAGACAGCAGGCUUGGAGGGUGAUGAGGAAGAGGAGGCCGGCGAGGAGGCCCACUCCCCCCUGGAGCAGGACAGUCUUAUGCCAUCUGACGAAGCCAGCGACUCGCUUUCUCGUGGCCGGAGGGGGAGCCCCUGUCACAGGGGGGGCGAGGAGGAUGAAGAGGAGGAAGAGGAAGAAGAGGAGGAGGAAGAUGAGGAGGAUGAAUACGCCUCUCCCUGCCACGCUCGCACAUAUAGGGACAUGUACCCCUCUCACCGCAGCCAUACGGGCGGUGCCCACAGCGCCAACGGGCACGAGUCACAAGACAGGCUGCUCCAGCGCGAAGCUCAGCAAGGUCACAACCAGAGGAACCGCCAGCGCAGCCGCCCCUGGCCCCGAGACACCUACUGAGACAAGGGGCCCCUUCCAGCCUCCAGCCCCCCCUCCAAGCCCUCCACCCACCGCACAGGCCCAAACUAGCAACUUAGAGAUGAAAUUUGUUCCCAGAUUCGCCAAACUUUAGUGCCAAUUGGAAACAAACACAAACAGAUGCCCAGUUUAUCGACCAAUCACAAUCUUCCAGGGGGCCUACUCACCUCUGAAAGGGAAAAGUUUCAGGCUACCAGCUGUACGCAAACUCAAACUUUAGCUGCUUUGCCUAAGGUUUCUCUAUUGUAGGAUGUCUCAUAUACUGGCCUUAAAAUUCCUAAGACUUUUAACGAUCUUUACUAUUGCAUGUAUAAUUUUAAGACUAUUUGCACAUUAACGUCAGAACAGGAAGUGAAUGACCUUUAUGGAUAAACUAACGUAGGAAUGUCUACCGCUGAAUCAGUUAUGGGAAAUAGUAAUGCAUUUGAUUCCAAUGUAUAUACUGAAUGGGCACUGCUACUUUAUUUGUUUGAUUUUGUUUAUAUGGACUUGUUUGUUGCCAUCCAUGUGUUCGGUGAACGGAGAUUUUUGGAGAGACAUUGUACAGUCUCUAAACAGUUAAAACGUCAUCGAUAUGAAGCUGCAGUACAGCGUCAGCGUCACCUACAGUGCAGUACGUUCUGGGCAUCGCUCGUCUUUGCUGUUGCACAAUCACUCUCUUAAGAAAAAAAAAUCUUUGAAUGGGCACAGAGAAUGUAAACACAACCAUGAAAGGGAAUGUUUUAAAUCUUUUAAAGGAUGAAUUCCUUGCCAAAAAAACAAACAAAAACAAAAAAAACCACACGCUUGUUUACAUCCACUCAUACACAUAUUUCAAGCACAUGCUGCACAGCUGCAGCUCCUCUUCAAAUCCAGGCUUCAGAGAAUGUAAGCUUGCAUGCCUUUUGCACCUCCAGCACCACUUGGUCGCACAACCUAUCGCCCCGUAAAUUCGAUUGUAGCACGUUAUUGAUUGUAGCAUCCACAGUUUCUAAACUGAUCUCACUCCCCUUACAUCCACCUCACUCUCCUCGGAUAUUUUUUGCGUGUCGAACAUUGUUUGCGUACUGCAGUUUUACAGCUGGUUUUUACAAAGGCGGAUCCUCAGGUGUAUGUCCUACAACACUCAUCGCGCUCAGCUCCAUGUAACGACCGUGUCGUGCUCCCCGAGGACUUGUAGCACUCGUGACACGUCAUUCUGUUCCUGCGCCAUUUCUAGUCCGUGAGCCGACGACGAGGUGGACGCGAUGCUGAUAAGCGGCGGCCCAACUCUGUUCCUUACACAGGGUGGAUUGUUGUCACGGCCGGCUGAUAGGAAACCCUGGUUUACUGCUUCCAUGUGUCACAGGUAUCUCUAUCUAGUGUUCUGUAUAUUUUAAAGAGAAAAAAAAAACA